AUGGUGCUCGUGCGGCGGUGUGGCAAGUUUAUCGGCGGCCGCCGCAACCACAGAAAACGCCGCCUCCUCUGCGCGCGCGCCCGCACUGUAAAACAGGUGCACAACGGCGCGGCCGGCGCGAACAGCGCGGAAAUCCCAUCGGUCGGGCGCGCCCGCCAAAAGAUGCUCGUCGACCCAAGAACACACGCCGUCGCCCCAAACGAAAAGCACCAUGUACAAAAGGAAGAGCGCCAACGGCACGAGGAACUGCGGCUGUGCCAUGAACCGGAGCAUGUCGAAGCCGAACAUGAGCCCGGCGAAAAGCACUUGCACUGCCACGCCGCGGAGCGCAGGCCAGUGGCGCCUCAAGGCGACUUCGAGCCGCCUUGCGAGAGUAUCGUUCAAGUUCUGCCCCAUGUUUCUGGGCCCGCCAUGGUUGUUACCUCCCGCAAAGAUUCCGUUUCCUGCACCAACGUUUGCUCCAACGUUUGCUCCAACGUUUGCUCCAACGUUUGCUCCAACGUUUGCUCCAACGUUUAUUCCUCCGUUGUUUCCGUCUAUGUUCGUUCCUCUGUGCCUUAG